AUGCCGAGUCUCACGCUGCGCUGCUGGACAGAGAGUCCCUCCGGUUACCCGAAGACGCCGCCCGGGGAAGUUCUGCAGCCGGGGGUGUUCUGCACCCACCUCAUCCCCAGGGGCGUCCGCUUCGGCCCUUUCCAAGGCAAAGUGGUCAACACCAGCGAGAUCAAGAUUUACGAUGACAAUUCCUUGAUGUGGGAGAUUUUCGAAGAUGGUCGCUUGAGCCAUUUUAUAGAUGGGAAAGGAGCCUCGGGAAACUGGAUGUCCUUAGUAAACUGUGCCAGGUUCCCAGAGGAGCAGAAUUUGACAGCUAUUCAGUGCCAAGGCCAAAUAUUUUAUGAAAGCUGUAAAGAAAUCUUACCCAACCAGGAGCUGCUGGUGUGGUAUGGAGACUGUUAUCUGCAGUUCCUGGGCAUCCCCAUCAGUUUGAAAGGGGCGACAGAAGGAAAGGGACCCCAGCAACAACCCGAAGAAUCUGGCGAGAGUUACAAAUGCGAGAGAUGUGGAAAGGUAUUUGCCUACAAAUACUACAGAGACAAACAUUUGAAAUACACUCGUUGCGUAGAUCAAGGAGACAGAAAAUAUCCUUGCCAUCUUUGCAACCGAUCGUUUGAAAAGAGAGACAGACUGAGGAUCCAUAUUCUUCAUGUCCAUGAGAAACACAGACCUCACAAGUGCUCAGUAUGUGGGAAGAGUUUUUCUCAGUCCUCCAGCCUGAACAAACACAUGAGGGUGCACUCCGGAGAGCGGCCCUACAAAUGUGUGUACUGUAACAAGGCAUUUACUGCCUCCAGCAUCCUGCGCACUCACAUCCGCCAGCACUCGGGAGAGAAGCCCUUCAAGUGUAGACACUGUGGCAAAGCCUUUGCCUCCCAUGCGGCUCACGACAGCCACGUGCGGCGCACACACAGCAAGGACAAAGGCUGCACUUGCGCUGUGUGUGGCAAGAACUUCCUGGAGCAGGAGGAAUUCCGAUUCCAUAUGAAGUUCCAUGCUGCUCUUUAGCCAACCACCCUGCGUUUGGAGCUGCAUGUAGCUGUGUGGGUGUGUUUGGUGUGUACGUUUCAGAAGAUGAAAUUCAUCCUUGUGCUGGAGAUGAGCCCGGGGCCUAGGCAUCAUUCACAUCCCCUCAUGGAUGGGUUGGGUGGUGCCUUGGCCUUGUGCUGGGAACCCCCACAGGGGUGCAUGUCCCCUCAGAUAAAUGUCUCUUACGUGAGUGUCACCAUGAAUGUUUUUGUGCUUCCAAUGUGGUGUCUCCAUGGACUGUCCAGAAUGAUGUACAGAAACUCCUUUGGCUGUGUUGUUAUGAGGUGCAUUUUAUAAAACGAGUGUAGCACGUUUACUUUUGGGGAUCCACCCCAGUACUGAAGCUUAUUUUCCCCUAUUAGCUGGUUAUUAUUUUAUGAAGUGUAUAGUUCCAGCCAUUUUAAUGCACGUUUAAGGCACAAGUCUAUUUUUGUGAAUGAAUGUGAGCUGGCUGUGAUGUGUAUUGCCUGUUCAAGUAGGGCACGUGUGUUUCUGGCCAUUUAGUUCCAUAUUCAGUGGCAUAUUGGCUGAGAAAAACACUGGGGACAUCCUGUUGGGGCUAGACCAUUCCAUGUAGGGGCAGAGUGGAGCCCACAUACCCCAGCGGGGGCAGCAGGAUGCACUCUGCUUCAAGAAGGUAGCACCCAAGCAUGUAAAGGGUGCGUGCUUGGUACUAAAUAGUUGUGGGUUAGAGCACUGGGGCCACCCCGCUCUGCUGACCAGUGCAGGCUGGGGAUGGAGCUAUGGUUCUGCCUCCUUUCCAUCUCAUUAGGGGAGUAGAGUGGAAACAGGCCCCUAGCUUCCCAGAUAUGGGGGCUGCAAUUCUGCUGGCUCUUCCUUGAGUCAGUCACAUAACUAGGAAAAGGCUGCAUACAGCCUCUGCUUUGUGCACCCAUGUAGGGCAUGUCUACACAGCAACUAGACACCCACAGGCCGACUCCUGGGGGGCUGUUUCAUUGCUGUGUGGAGUUUUGGUCUCGGGUUGGAACCCGAGCUCUGGGA